AUAGUGAGGACAGUCAUAGGAGGUCCACCACCAACAUCUGCCCCACCUGGACCGCCUGGUGUGGCUCCUGCUCCUGCCACAGCGCCCAUUGUCGAUUUCAGCAAACCGCCUCCUAGCUUACCGCCACCGGCUGGAGCCACACCCGCACCGACUACUUUACCGACAGUACACAUAAUGGACGGCCCCCCUGGAGUGGAUAUUAUCGCGCCGCCAGGAGUUGACGGACCACCUGGAGUCGACCUAGAGCCACAGACGAUCCCAACUCUUGGAUCAGGAAGUGGUUUAGAUAUGUCCGUGCCUCCGCCAGGUUUCAAUCCUUCUUUGCCUCCGCCUGGAAUGAGACCACCACAAAUGGCAAUACCAAUGACAAAUAUGCCGCCUCCUGGCUUUAAUACUAUGCUACCACCACCAGGAUACGGACAGAAUCGAUUCCCUCCUUCUGGUCCUGGAGGGAUGAACAGACCGCCUCCUUUGAUGGGACGAGACUUUGACUCUAUGAGUCGCCGAGAUUCAACUGAUUUUGAUGAUCUGUACGUCGGUCAAGUAUCUGUAAAUUGGCCUUUCAUUGAUCCUUGUGCUUGCAGUGAUGAUGACCGAAGGCGUCAUAAACGGCGGAGUCGAUCGAGAAGCCCUAGGCGUGAUUCCAGAAGAGUUCGAGAGAGUGGACGAGACCGCGAACGUGAUGAUCGUCGGGAUCGUGACAAGGAUCGUGAAAAAGAUCGCGACAAGGAGCGUGACAAAGAUCGUGAUCGUGACAAGGAGAGGGAACGUGAGCGUGGAACGGAACGGUCAGAGCGCAGUAGGCGGCAUAGAUCACGAAGUGGAAGCGCUGACAGUGAGUGAUU